AUGAGUGAUAAUAAAUGUGAAGAAAAUGGCGAUUUUUCUUUAAUAUCAGUAAAUUAUAAAGCUUGUGAAAAUCUAUUUAAUUCUAUACGGAAAAAACAAUGUGUAGACGUUCCAGUUCAUGGGAAGGCACUGGAUGAUGAUUAUGAUAAGAAUAAAUUACAAAAUAAGACUAAAAAGAAUGUUUCUUUUGAAGAAAAAUUAUAUAAUGAUAUUGAAAAAAAGAAAGAAAAGUUUGAUGAUUUAUCAAGUCAUAAAAGUGAUCAUAUAAAUAUAUCAAUGAUAGACAAAAAAAGAACGGAUACAUUAAUAAGAAGGAAAAGGUCUUUUGUGUUUAAUGAUUAUAAAUAUAAUGAAUUUAUGAAUGCUUUUAAACAACAAGAACUUAAGAAUUUUAAAAAUUUUCAUUAUUUAUAUAAAUGGAAGAUAGCUGUAGCCAUUUUAUUAAUAUUAUCUAUAACAUUUUUUUUAAUUGGAUCUUAUAUAUAUUAUGAAUCUUUGAACGUUAUUGAAAUAAAUAUAAAUUAUAAUACAGGAGAUGAUUAUAAAAUAAUAAAUAUACCAAAAGAUAUGAAGAAGCCUGUUUAUGUAUAUUAUAAAAUAUCGAAUUUUUAUAUAAACUUUAAAACAUUUUUAGCUGAUGAAUCACAUUCAUUAGUUAAUGAAAAAAAAUGUUCUUAUAUAAGAACAUAUGCAGAUAUAUAUAAAUAUAGAUGUAUUAAUAAUAUACAGACACUUCCAGAAGUAUAUGAUGAUAUGAAUAUAGAUAAAAAUCCUAAAAGAAAAAAAAAAAAUCAAAAAUGUCAUAUAUCAGAUUUAAAACCAGAAGAAGCUAGUAAAAAAAUUUUCCCAUGUGGUUUAGUUUCAGCUGCAAUAUUUAAUGACAAAAUUAGCUUGUCAAAAAGUUCGGUCAGUUAUGAUAUAGACAAAUUUCCAAUUUUACAUUAUUUUGAUUUUCUUACUUAUAUGAAAAAACAUAAACAAUUUACCAAUUAUAAAAUAUGGAUAAAUACCUUUUCACCUGAAUAUAAAAAUUGGUUCCACUCACCUAUGACAUCAUCAUUUAUAAAACCUUAUGGUGUUAUAAAUGAAGACUUAGAAGCUGGAGAAGAUUAUAAAUUAACUUUUAUUCAAAACUCAUGGCCAGCAGAAGAAUGGAAUGCCAAAAAAUCCUUCCAAUUAGUUUCUUUAAGAAGUAUUGGAAAUAGUUCUUUUAAAUUAGCUUAUGCAUUUUUUCUAUUAUCACUUUUAUAUUUUAUUAUGAUUAUUUUUAUAUUAGUGUUAGUCAAAUGUAAAUAUUAUAAACUUGGCAAAACAUUAUCAUAUUGUAAAAUGUCAAUGAAUAAAAAUAUUGAAAAAAUGAAUAGUAGAAAAAAAACAAACAUACAAAAUAUAAACAAAAAAAUUAACUCUAUGCAAUUAGAAAUCAUGCAAAACGCUAGUUCCGAUCCAAAUAACUUAUCAGGAGCAGACCAUUCCCAGCAAUUAUGUUUCUGUCCCCUUCACUAA